ACCCAUCUGAAGUGAACUUUGUGUUUUUUUUUCCCAAAAACCGAAUCAGACAAACAAAUUUUGCAUUUAUCUUUUAGUUCUUCAUAUAAUGUAAUAAAACUUACAGUAAUGAAGCAUAGUUACAAUUACAAACGAGAAACCAACGGAUAAUAUAUCAUGGACCCAGUGGAAGCCAUAUCACUACCAGCUACACCGGAUAUCGAGUGCACAGUCUCAUCGUUGAAAAUCGAAACGAACUACAUAGAUUCGAUAGAUUACGACCAUCAGUUGAGUAGCUUUUGUCGGCUGUGCCUGCGUGAGCUACCGAAGCACAUGCUAUCCGGUAUCGAUGACGGUUCUACUUCGGACAUGAUCCUAGAAGUGGCAGGUGUAAACGUGCAAGACCGUGAGGAUCUCCCCACAAUGAUAUGCAGCGAAUGCAAACAGAAUUUGCACACUGCUUACGGCAUUCGGAAAUCGUUCCUUGAGGCGGACUUAUUGCUUAGGAGAAUGGUGCUAAACAGCAGUGUGCCACUGGUUGUUAGUCUUGCAGAAUUGCAUAAAAACAAUCAAAUUGAGCUCACGGAAGAAGCCCAUUUUUACGAUGAACAUACGAGUGAUAAUGAUGCGUACCAAAUCCAAACCUUGGCUGCGGACGAUGAGUCUAUUCCAGAGCAAAAGAGACUAAAGCGGAAAAAGCGACCAUUUCAUCGGCACAAUUUCGAAUUGAAUGAAACGAAGCUUGAUCCUAACAAAUGUUACAUCUGCUCGAGCAAUUUCGACGAUUCCGAAAGUCUAAACGCACAUCUUCCCGCACACGUGGAUAUGAUUCCCUACAACUGUGAAGAGUGUGCCGGUUAUAAAAGUACACAGAAUGUCGUGAAAUCGGUAAUUCUGCUGCAUCAACACUUUAGAAUGCACGCCGGUUCAAUCGAGUGUCCGGAAUGUCCGUUCAAGACGUGCACCGCCGUCGGAUUGUACAGUCAUAUGCAUCGGAAUCACAGUAAAGAGACCGACAUCGAAUACACCUGCGAAAUUUGCGGCAGCAAAAUGCUGAACCGAAGAAACUACAUGUUCCACGUGAGAUCUCACAAGGUGCUUGAGGAAGGUCGAUUCACCUGCCCAUUCUGUGACAAAAAGUUCGCUACAAAGGCUCGCUUGGUUCGGCACGAGCGAAGCCACACCAACGAGAAACCGUUCCAAUGUAAUUACUGCGAGAAGAGCUUCACUAACAAAACCUCCUUAAACACUCACGAACGAACGCAUACCGGGGAAAAGGGCUACCGUUGCGAUUACUGUGGAAACUGCUAUCGGACAAACGGGGCCUUGAAAGACCACUUGCGCUCCUCUGUGCACGCGGAUCAGGUGGCUUCGAAGCCUCGAAAUCAGAAAAGUAGAUUAUUUUUCGUAGAGGCAGUAAAAUGCGACGUUGAAGGUUGCGACUUCAUGACCGAUAAUCGGGCCAAACAUUAUAGCCAUAAACGGAAGCAUGAGAUGAAGUUCCACUGCGAGCAUUGCUCGGAACGAUUCGCCACUAGGCAGAGGCUGCAGCAGCAUAUGUUCAAGCAUACCGGUGUCAAGUCGUUCUGCUGCGAGCUGUGUGGCAAAAGUUUUCGAUUCAAGAACAGUUUAAAUGAACACAGGGACAAGCAUAGCGGCGUUCGGCCGUACACGUGUGAAGUGUGUGGGUUGGCUUUCGUGCGCGAGAGAACCUUGAAGGCGCAUCGUAUGAAGCACACCGAUGGGAUGAACUUUGAAUGCCGUUUCUGCGAGAAAAAAUUCAAAUACCGAGCGGAUCAAUCGAAACAUGAACGAUACCACAUUGGCACGGUCAUGGAGCAGGAGCUGAUUGACUAUGAUGAGACGCUGCACACGAUGGAUUUGAUCGAAGUGGAUGAUGCCUUUAACGUUAAGGAGAAAGGUUGUUGAACCAAUCGCUGAAUGAGUUGAAUAUUAUAACGAGAUUAAACAAUCUCAUAAAAGCUUUAGUUUUUUAUUUCAAAAUUGGUUUUGAAUUUUUGUAAAGCAUUUAUGCAGUGAAAAAGUUAUUACCUCCCUGUGCGUUUUUCUUUAAAUUUCUAAAUAAAACAGUAAAAGCAACCUAAAUCGAUUUUCUCUAAAGAUUUUAACGAUUCUAGUUACAAGUAAGGGAUCUUUGUUAUAUAGUCUUUGUCUGAAUCUAGUGAAUAAAAUAAGCUGCGUUGGAUAGUAUUGCCUAGUAGUGUGAAAAACUAAGCUUUUAACAAUCAAAAUCAAAUACUAGUUGUGUUACAUGCAACUUUGAUAAAUUUAAAAUGUAAGUCAUAUGACAAAAAUGAAAUUAGUUCGUAAAGUAACCCUGGUAAUGCCUAGAUAAUUCAAGCUAAAACCUAGCCUUCACUCCAACUUGCAAUCGAAACGUACGUUCCGUUGCCUAACAAAACCGAUGGAAUGAAGAAUAAAUUCUAUCGAUUCCUCGAGAA